AUGGUUGGUUGGGCGCACAACGCCCGCUCUGCGGACAGGUCCGGCGGACGAUCCAAAAGCAAAAGAAAAAUACCUGGUUUUGAUUUGAAACCACAACGCAACACUAUACCGCGAGGCACACCUCUCCCGCACAGAUCACCACAACCGACCCGCCGUGAGGCACACGAGGCAGCGAACCCUGCACACCUAAGAAAGAGGGAGAGCCCUGCUGAGAGGAGACAGGAGAAGGUUCUACUGCUGUCCUGCUUCGUCGGGUGGCGAGAGAUGUCUUCCUCCAGAAAGACGAUGCUGGCAGUAGCCACUGCAGCCACCGCGCUGUCUGCGCUGCUGGCCGGCAAAGGCUCGAUGGUCGGUGCCACAGCCGCAGCAGCGGGCGAGGAUGGCAGCUGCCCCGCCGGCGGCGAAGACAGCUCGUGCACCACCACCGCCACCACCCGUGCCGCGCCGGAAGAGACUGCUGUUGCCGCUACCUCUCCUGAGGAAGGAGGAUUUUUCAGCAGAUUCUCGUUCCCGAGCUUGGGCAGUCUGUUCGGCUCCCCCGAUCCGGAGACCUGUCUGCCCCAAGACCCCAAGGCCGACACCUCAGGCCGCAAGAAGCGGCUUGCCAAAGCCCAAAAGGAGUAUCCCUGGAGGACCAGGGGCACCCCGAUCGACAUGCCCUUCCUGGAAGGCUUUCCUCCCAACGACGAACUUCCCAGCGGGACAUGGGUCGGCAAGCUCGUCUCUUCUCUCCUUGGCGCCGUCAUAGGAACCACGAGGGGUAACAUCGGGGCCGGGGAGAUAAUCGAAGCCGUGUCAAACCCGGCCAAGGCCAAGAACUUCGCCACAAGGGUUAGCGAGCUCAUCAAAGAGGCCAAGAUCAACGACAGGCCGGUCGACAUCAACGAUUAUGAAGACCUCCAUGCCUACCCGAUCAAGAAGCCUGAUUCGGUUUUUGACUUCGAUGAGGACGACGCCUUCGCCAGGCAGCGCCUCCAGGGCCCGAACUGCGUGGUGCUAGAGAAGUGCUCCGAGGCCACUCGUCAGAAGCUCAAGGUCCUCGACUCCGACCCAACGUACAAGAACCUCAAGGACAAGGUGGACUCUCUCAUGAAGGACGGAAAGCUUUUCGUUGUAGACCAGUACAUCGUCAAGGAGGUGCAAACAGCUCCCCUGGAAGAUGUUCCUAGGUACCUGGCACCGUGCGUCGCUCUCUUCGAGGCUGUGGAUGACGAGCUGCUUCCUCUCAAGCCUGUAGGGAUACAGCUGAGCCAGGGCGAUACGGCGACACCAAUCUUCACUCCUGACGACGGUUACAACUGGAAGAUCGCCAAAGCAUGCUUCGAGGCGGCUGACUUCAUCAUCCACGAGGUGGUGUCCCACCUGGGCAACACCCAUGUGGUGUUGGAGGGCCCCAUGGUCAGCAUGAACCGCCAGCUUCCCAAGGAACACCCUGUCCACGCCCUCUUCGCCCCGCAUGUGGAAGGAACUGCCCUCAUCAACUGGGGUGCAGACGAGCUCUUGAUGCCCGCGGACGCAGCAGUGGACAGGCUCCUGGCCAACAAGAUCGAGGAUGCGUGGGCCUUGAUUCGGGUUAAGACCCUGGAACGCAUCUCCAAGGACUUCUCGCCGGAAGUCGAUUUCGCUGCUCGCGGUAUGACCAAGACGGAUUUCCCGGGAAGAUACCCGUACCGUGACUUCGGGCUCAAGUACUGGGACGCCAUAUACACCUGGGUGAAGGAGUACCUCGACGUGUACUACAGCACCGACGCGGAUGUCACCGACGACUACGAGCUGCAGGCGUUCGUAAACGAGCUCGUUACCGUGGGAGAAUUCAAGUGGCUCGCGGAAUGGGACAACUCUACGGACAAGAAGGGCCUCCUCGCUAAGGUGCUGGCAAGCUUGAUCUACUCUGCGAGCACCCUCCACGCCGCGGUCAACUUCCCUCAGAAGACCACCAUGUCCUUCGUGCCCAGCAACCCCGCUUCGGUCUACGUGCCACCCCCCACCGACAAGACGGAGAGGACGUUCGAAGACUACCUGGCCUAUCUCCCGCCGCUCGAGAUCGCCACCAGGCAGGUCAUCCUCUUCACCUUCCUUGGCAACGUCUUCUACACAACGCUGGGCGACUACGAGGCGGACCAGUUCAGCGACAAGCGUGUGCUAGCCCCACUGGCCAAGUUCCAACAGGCACUCGAAGACAUCGAAACCGACAUGGUGGACGAGAACGCCUUCGUUGUGUCUUCCUGGCGCAAGAGAGGCAAGGGCAAGAGAGCCGCCGCCAACUUCGGGUACACGACGCUGCUUCCCGAGAAGGUCCCGCAGUCCAUCAACAUCUAAGAUAAUACCUACGGGUACACAUGUAGGUGCAUGCGAGGUGCAGUGGAGUGGAAACUGUGGAGUGGAAACUGUUUGCAUAGGUUCGGUCGGUUUGAUGCGGGUGGUAUUGCCAGGGCAUGCUGAUACGGGCUACACCUAGCAUGACAACCCCAACCGUGCCUAUAUAUACUCCGACGUCGUGUGGUUUCUGUUGACAAUAUUUCGUUGUAGUAGCAAUAGCAGUAGCAGUAUGGCUCCCCCCCUGUGUCGUAAUAGUCACUCACGGUUGCUUUGUCGAGUUGAGAGGUGGACAGAGGAUGACUCACGUACACAAGGUUGCAACCGAUGGGGGAAGGUAGGAGGUGGGAUGGAUGACUAUCGUUUCAGAGUCAGAGUGAUGCUGCGUUUUGUCGAGUGGCCAGCAACUCAGCUUGGGAGUUGUGGGAGGAUAUAGAUUCACGCGAGCCCUGUCAAUUGUUGACGCUGGUGUCUGUCUGCCCAUCCCGUAGAAGUAGUUGAUGCAGUGGUUGUGUGUUCAUCUUUUCGCGGUACAUGCGACACAAAGAUUCACACCAGCCCUGUCAGCUGUUGAACGCUGGUUCUGUCGGCUCAUACCAUAGAAGAAGUUGAUACAGUGGUUGUGUUUUCGAUUUUUUUGUGACGUCUUGUAAUUGGUGAUGUGUUGUUGAUCUAUCAACGAGACAGUUCCUGCUCUCUGGUAUAGUGGCUCAACUUGUGUGAGUUCAGGCGUUCCCCAAGGCCGGCAAGCGUAGCGAUAUCUUCGUCUGGCCACCCUCAUUAUUUGCUGCGUGUCAUGCCUGGUCAGAUGCGUGCUUCUAUUGGACGCAUCCAAAAGACAAGUGCACUCUGUUUGCAAGUUGAGCCAAAACGGUAUAUCUCAUUCCUGAUUUUUGUUUAGUAGCAUUCGCGAAGAGAGAGUUGCAAAUGUUGCGGCCGAGUGAAGAGGGUGCCCGAAUUACAGUAUUGAGGUGACACCGACGGGCACUCGGGGAGGUAUCAUAGGUAAUCAAGAAUAAUAAGCGGGUCACGUGCACCAACGGGGGGCGAGGGGUACGUUGGGACUCUUUUUGUAAAGAAGAAAGCCGUCUUUGGCGAACUCCUAUGCUACACGGGCAACCUGUAAUUGCAUGUCAUGGGGGAAGACCGACAUUGCAGGAACUCGGGCCAAUCGUCGCGUGUGACGUUUGUGAGAUCCGUUUAUCGGACAUCGUGCAGUGCGCAUGAGCCCGGAUCUGAGAUCGUGUGGAGCACUGAGGCUUCCUAUUGGUGGGAGCGCCGUCGGUCCCGUGGGUUGCCGAUCUCGUUGCUCGGGCCAUCGCAAGAGCUCAUGGCAAAGGCAUGUCACGGAUAAUGGUGAUGACCCAGAUGAGACAUAUCGCGGGUAGUUCCGAGUACCAGGCAUGAGCAGCCUGAACGAGUGAA